AUCGGAUUGGGCGGUGCCAAAGGACGCGGACACUCCAUUGGCCGGAGAAGCUUUAGGUUUUGUGAGCGCUCUAUGUUUUAACGAAGCGCGCAGAAGGAGGAGGCAGAGACCCGGAGCGUGUCGGCGAGAGGUUCAUGCCCAAAAACCGCCUAUCGACUGCAAGCAACACAAAGAGCAACCAACAAAAAUUCACUCCCUCCCAAAAAAAGCAACUGCACACACCAAAAAAAAAAGCAGAGCAAAGAGCGCAUCCAAGCCUCUGAGUGUCACCCACAUCCCGCUCUCUUGCAGAACAAGCUGGACUCAAGACUGUUGCUCAUCACAAGUGGGAAGAAUCAACAGGGAAAGUAGCGUGCGUGUGUGUGUCACCGAAAGCUUUGGCUGCCGCAGAUAGCAAGAGACUGAUUUGAUUCAUUUUGCCUUCACUAAGUAUUACUAAAGGUUUGUGUUUCUACCGACCGUGUGAUGGGGGACUUUCAUGGAAAUGCGAGACGUGCCAGUGAAAGCUUUUAGAUUUAAAACUGCUACUGCUCGAGUGUGUCGAAGAAAUUCAGUCAAUUUUAUUUGCUGCCUUGUCCGAGCCACUGACAGCAGCUGUGGCCGCUUUUUUGAGUGGAGAUAGGCGCGCACACACAGAGACAGAUAUUCAUCCAGUCGGUGUGAGUGUGUGUGUGUGUGUGCAGCAUGCAAAAUUUUCGGCAGCUGCAUCUCAUGAAAUUGGAAGAAACACACCGCAAGCCUUGAAACUGGUAUAUCGGCUGCGCCGCAUUUUGCAAACGCUUGGAUUUCACUUGGGAGAAGGACGCCAGAUUUCGCAUCUUCACCGAGCUAGUUCUUACGAACCGUGCAAAAGGUUUGAGUGGUUUAGGGAAUAGGGGGAGUAAGUAAUUGGCAGGAUCGCUGUGUUCCGAAUCCACCCCCACCCUCAAUAAGGAUUUACAACGCAAGAUGGUGACGAGAGACUUCUUCUUUUGUCGUCAAACUCAGUAAGGUUUGGAAAUGAUUAUUGUAAGAUGCAUCGAUGCUUUCACACCGCUGCCGGCUCGUCUGUUUCCCGAGCUGUAAAUCAACAGGUUUAACACCAACAAAAAGACGGGAGAGGGAAAGAAAAACAAGCGUUGGGAAUGUACCUGCAGGUUCUGAUUCUCCUUUUACUCUGGACUAGCGUUCUGACCUUGAAGAAUUUGAAAUACACGAUCCUGGAAGAACAGGGACCUGGGACGGUAAUCGGGAACAUUGCGAAAGAUGCUCGCCUGGCGACGAGUGCCGAGCCGAGGAAGCCUAACUUUCGGGUUUUGGAAAAUUCCGCCCCCCAUUUGCUGGAUGUGGAUCGGGAGAGCGGAUUACUUUACACCAAGCAGCGCAUAGACCGGGAGACCGUCUGCAAACGGACUGCCAAGUGCGUGGUGUCGCUGGAAGUCUUUGCCAACGACAAGGAGCUGUGCAUGAUCAAAGUGGAGAUCCUGGACAUCAAUGACAAUGCGCCAAGUUUCUCCACCGAGCAGAUCGAUGUCGAGAUCCCUGAGAACGCGGCGCCGGGGACGCGCAUCCCCCUGACAAGCGCGCACGACCCCGACACCGGACAGUUCGGCCUGCAGACCUACCAGCUGAGCAGCCCGAGCCGGCUUUUCGGUCUGGAGGUGAAGUCGCGGGGCGACGGCACCAAGUUUCCCGAGCUGAUCAUCCAGCGGCCGCUGGAUCGGGAGCAGCAGCCGCGACACGAGUUGCUGGUGACGGCGCUGGACGGCGGCGAGCCGCCCAAGUCGAGCGCCGUGCGCCUGCGAGUCGAGGUGGUGGACACCAACGACAACAGCCCAGCCUUCGCCGAGCCCAGCCUGAGCGUGGAGGUGGCAGAGAACACACCGGCCGGUACCUUCCUCAUCAAGGUGAACGCCACGGACCCGGACCAGGGCACCAACGGCGAGGUGGUCUACUCCUUCAGCCCGUACGCCAGCGAGCGCAUCGGGCAGCUCUUCUCCAUCGAGCCCCGCUCCGGGGUCAUCCGCUUGCGCGCCGCUCUUGACUACGAGGAGAGCAGCAUCUACGACAUCGACGUGCAGGCCAAGGACCUGGGGCCGAACUCCAUCCCGGCCCACUGCAAGGUGUCGGUGCGGGUGCUGGACGUGAACGACAACGCGCCCACCCUCAGCUUGGUGUCCGUGCACCAGGGUCCGGUGAGCGAGGCCGCGCCGCCCGGCACCGUGCUCGCUUUGGUCAAAGCCACCGACCGCGACUCGGGUCGCAACGGGCAGCUGCAGUGCCGGGUUCUGGGCAACGGGCCCUUCCGCCUGGAGGAGAACUACGACAACUUCUACACGGUGCUGAGCGAGCGGCCCUUCGACCGCGAAGCCGCCGACGAGUACAACCUGACCAUCGUGGCCCGCGACAACGGCUCGCCGCCGCUCAAUGCCAGUCGCUCGUUCACGGUACGUGUGGCCGACGAGAACGACAACGCGCCGCGCUUCACCAAGCCCGUGUACGUGCUGCAAGUGCCCGAGAACAACAUUCCCGGCGAGUACCUGGGCUCCGUGCUGGCGCACGAUCCCGACCUAGGCCCUAACGGCACCGUGGCCUACUCUAUCCUGCCCGCGCGAGUGGCCGACGUCUCGGUCUACACCUUCGUGUCGGUCAACCCCUCCAAAGGGGCCAUCUACGCGCUGCGCUCCUUUAACUACGAGCAGACCAAGGCCUUCGAGUUCAAGGUGUUGGCCAAAGACUCGGGCUCGCCGCCGCUCUCCACCAACUGCACUGUGCGGGUCACCGUGCUCGACGUGAACGACAACGCGCCGGUCAUCGUGUUGCCCGCGCUGCACAACGACACGGCCGAGGUGCAGGUGCCGCGCAACGCCGGCCUCGGCUAUCUGGUGGCCACCGUGCGCGCCGUCGAUAGCGACCACGGCGACAGCGGCCGCCUCUCCUACGAGAUCGCCGAGGGCAACGAGCAGCGCCUGUUCGACCUGGACGCGGCGAGCGGCGAACUGCGCACCGCCAGGUCGCUGUGGUCGCAGGGCGCCGCGGCCGCCACCGAGCUGGUGGUCAAGGUGUCGGACCACGGCAAGCCGCCGCUCUCCGCCGUGGCGCGCCUGGUGAUCGUGGCGUACGCGGGCGCGGCGCCGAAGGACGAGCAACAGCGGGUGCCGCAGGAGGAGGGCCACUGGGACAUGUCGCUGCCCCUCAUCGUCACCCUGAGCUCCAUUUCGGUCAUCCUGCUGACCUCCAUGGUCACCAUCGCCGUCAAGUGCAGAAGGGAGAACAAGGAGAUCCGGACCUACAACUGCAGGAUCGCCGAGUACUCGCACCCGCACUUGGGGAAGGGCGGCAAGAAGAAGAAGAUCAACAAGAACGACAUUAUGUUGGUGCAGAGCGAGGUGGAGGAGAGGGAUGUCAUGAACGUGGUGAGCAGCCCCUCCCUGGCCUCUUCUCCCGUUUAUUUCGAUUACCAGACGCGCCUGCCUCUCAGCUCCCCCCGCUCGGAAGUCAUGUACUUGAAGCCCACCUCCAACAAGCUCACCGUCCCCCAGGGCCAUGGGGUCUGUCACACUUUCUCCGGACAGGGCUCAAAUCCGGCCGAAGUAACCUCAGCGAGAAUGUCACUGAUUCAGACAGACAAUUUUCCCGCAGAGCCCAAUUACAUGGGCAGCAGGCAGCAGUUCGUUCAAAGUAAUUCCACAUUUAAAGAUCCAGAGAGGGUGAGUUUGAGGGACAGUGGACAUGGAGAUAGUGACCAAGCCGACAGCGAUCAAGACACUAAUAAAGGCUCCUGCUGUGACAUGUCUGCCAAAGAUGCUCUCAAGAUAAAAUCUACGACAGCUAAACCCCCAGUCCCUGAACAAGGAAGAAGGAAAAUAAAUUGAAAAUGAGACAAAAAAUGACAGAAAAAAAACUUGGAAGAGAAAGAAGGAAAAAAGCAAAGAAAUAUUUUACAUUUGUACUGAGUUGGAUGUUCAAGCUUCUGAGAACUGACUUUCUCUCUGUGAAAUAUACAUUGGUGAUUUGUGUCUUGUAUCAAAACAAAAUUAUAAAUACAGUGAAUUCCAGUUAAUUGGGACGCAUUAGGACCUGUACAUUUUGGCCCAAUUAAGCAGCUGCCUCAAUUAGCCGGUUUUAUGGAAAUAGUUAAAAGAAAUAAAUAAAAGGACAAACUACCAUUUAACUGGGUAACAAAUUAUUUAUUUAAAUGCAGAACAAAAUAGAACAUGACUAAUACUACUACAGUAUUAUAAGACUGUGUAUUAGCUCCUAAUAGUUAUCGACAGAGGAACUCAUCCAGUGUACGCUAGUGUUCUUUUGAUUGACUGUAAAUGAACAAAAUCAGCACAGACCCUAGUUCCAAUAAUGAACUGCCUUCAAACAAUGCUUUUGAUAAUUGCAUCCACUAAAUCCUCAUUUUCAUUGUAACAUUCAAGAUGUUAGUUUAUACAUCAAACACUUCAUAGUUCUUAACUUGUUGAAGUAGUGAAAUCAUUUCAUUUUCACUUUGGGCUGUUUCUUGCAUCUGUAAGCCUGAAUGUUUGAAACUGCAGUAAGCAAAACAGUUCUGAAUUGUCUUACUGUUUAUUUCUUGCCAACUGUCAGUGACAAAAAUCAGUGCUUUUUGAACACAAACACACACAGCUGAUGCUAUAUAAAAAGUCAAAUACAAGGAGUUCUGCAGAUGCUGGAAAUUCAAGCAACACACAUCAAAGUUGCUGCUGCAUUCACCAGCAACUUUGAUGUGUGUUGCUAUAUAAAAAGUGUUCGUUCUAAGCACAGUGUAGUGUCUAAUGGCCACACACGUGCAUGUGACUGACGCUAGUUAGGAAUUGCUCAACAACGGUCUCCUGUCCCACUUAAGUGCCAUAGUGUCCCAAAUAAACAAAGGAAAUCCUGGCCGUUUUCUUCAUUAGUUUUGAGAGCUGUCUCAAAUAAGUGGCUGCCCUGAUUAACAGAUGGCCCAGUUAACUAGAAUCCACUGUACUUAUAAUAUGUUGAUUACUUUUAUGCAAAAUAAUCAAAUCAGAUCUGCAUGGAAAAUUUAUUAGGAUUAGACCUGUCCAAGGAUUUUUACUUCAAAUCCUACAUAACCAAAACUGAGAAUGGGUAUGAUAUUUUGCAUAGAAACUUGCUUCUCAAAAACUUGUAUUUAUAACUCAGUAUAAAAACAGACCUUUUCCUGUAUCACCCUUUCUAGAUUUUUUUUACCCCAUUUCAAAACCAUUACUUUCUGGCCCAUAAAAAGAUCAAAACUUGGAUUCUCAAAGCCUUUAUCAAGGCUAUGUAAACUAUUCUUGAGCCUUGCACUCAAAAAGAAGGACAGAGCAGCUCAUUGGUCACCUGUGGUUUGCUUACAUACUGUAUGGUAUAUCAACAUCAAUAAAACUGGAUGUAUCAUCUUACAUCAAAUGUUUGAAGCAGAAAUCCUUGCUUUUUGAAAUAAUUAAAAACUAUGUUUUGCUUGAUAGAUUAACUUUUCAUUAUCUGUAGAAUUUGGGUCAAUCCUGAAGAGAAUGUCCAUGAUUCUUUGUUGUUCAAUUAAGUGCAGUAGAGUUAAAAUUGCAGGAAGAAAUAAUGAUGUUUCACAUUACAGUUUGGACCAUUUUGUAAUUUUUUGCCUAUCAUUACAGAUUCCUCUCAAAUACAUUUGAGAGAAACAAAUGUAGUCCUUUUACACUAAUGUCAUCUAGCUUCAACUGAUAAUCUAUUAAUUAGUUAGUGUAUUAUUUAUAAUGUAACUAAUUAAAAGUUGGAGAGUGAACUGGAAUAUAUCUUUCAGAACAUUUGAACUGAAUAUCUUUCCAAUUGGUAGUUUCAUAUGAUGAUGGAGCAUGCCAGAAACUGAACUUGUAAUAUUCUAGUUAAAUGCUGGAGGAAACAAAUAUAAUUGAAAGCUGAGAGAAUCAGGACCUACAGCAAUGAGCAUUCUUAACUGUGGAACUGCCAGGUCUUCUAAGUAAUGCCUGGAGCUUGUAGUUUAAAUUAUGAAUUCAGUAUUUAAGGAAGUGUAGUCAAAACAUUUUAAAUACUAGUUCAAGAUUCAAAAUGAAAUUUCAAAACAUGUUUAUGUUUAUUUGGCUUUUGAUAUCCUAGAUUGAAUUGGCUGUGAAAUGUGCAUUUUGUAUUUGGAAAUUGUAGAUUAAACAAUGUGAAAUGAAUAGUACUGUACCAGUUCAACUAUUCUGUCUAAUCAUCUGUUAAUCAUUGAUUGAAACAGACUCCACUAAUUGCUUAGACUUAAUUUAUUCAACUCUACACAGUGAUAUGCCUGUAGUGUACUACUUUUAUUAUUGUGUGAGGUAUCUAUCUGAGGAUUGUACCCUUUAUUACAGUGACAGACCUACACAUGCAACACAGUUUAAACACCCAGAAUGUUUUGUCUGGUGUCAAGGUCUAUUAUUUAUCUCUCAGCAAACAUCACAAUAUGCACUAGAUUCACAAUAUGUUCUUCUAUGGUUGUAAUCGUUUUGCUGUUCAUGGAAUCUUGCACUGUACACAUUUGCUGCAGUAUUUCCCAGUGGGUAAUCUAAUUUAACUUCAAUGAGUGUGAAGUGCUUUUUGAUGCCCUAAAAUUGAGAAAAACAUUAUACAUGUGUGUUCUUUGUUGUACCUGAAAGACUAAUAUUAAUGAUAUAUGUGUUAUUUAAAAGUGAAAAUAUUCGAGAUCUUUUCUCGAAAGUUUUGGAUAUUGGCCAUGUUGUCAAUGGUUUUUGGGAGUCCUCUAUUUUAUUUUAAGAAUUAAAUGUGCAUUAUUUAAGAAAAUGUAUUGUUGUGUAUGUAUCGGGAUUCAGUUUGUAAUCUCACUAAACGUAUUAAAAGACGGCAGAGCUCAACAUAGCAAGAGCAUUUAUUCCAGAGUGCUGUUCAGACUGAUUCGGCAGACAUUUGCUGUUUCCAACUGAGCACUCAGAGCCAUCAGUCACAUGACACAGUACUUAACAAGACAGUCACAUUGCAGACAAAAGUUCUGUAGAUGCAAUGAAUCUGAAAUAAAAAUGCCUGAAACGGCCGGCAGGUCAGCUGCAUCCAUAGCAAGAGAUCCAGCACUGGAAAAAAGUGAGAAGGACAGUAGGAAAUAACAGAAAGUAAAAUAUGUGAUAAGAGCAGAGACCAAGAAAUGAUAUAAGUGUUGAAUGAGACAGAAAAAUAGUGAGAAGCACUAUAUCAGUAUGUGAUGUAAAUUAGAAUAAAUGCAUGAAAUAUGAAAAACCAAGGGGAAGGAAAAUAAUUGAAUGUUGGAAAUUUGAGAUACAAGAUAAGAAUGACUGAUGAUCUGAAAUUACCGAAUUAAAAGUUGAACCUAGAAGGCUUUAAUCACAAACAAGAGAAAAUCUGCAGAUCUGAAAAUCUGAGCAACACACACAAAAUGCUGGCGGAACUCAGCAGGCCAGGCAGCAUCUAUGGAAAAAAAGUACAGUGAACUUUUCGGGCCAAGACCCUUCAGCUUUCCUUAGAAAUAUCAGGUUGGUGCUGGAUCCCAAAAGAAGAAGUUUAUAGAAUGCCUAUGAGAUGACUUUUCAAAACAGCUUGUGGUUGAGCCACCUAGGGGAAAGGCAAUUCUGGAUUUGCAGUUGUGUGAUGAACAAGAUUUGAUUAGGGAGCUUAAGGUAAAGAAACCUUUAGGAAACAGUGCUCUUAAUAUGAUAGAAUUCACCAUGCAGUUUUAGAGGGAAAAAUAAAGUCAGAUCUAUCAAUAUUGCAAUGGAGUAAAGGGAGUGAGAGAGGAACUAGCCAAAGUUGAUCGGAAGGAGACACUAUCAGGGAUGACGGCAGAACAACAGCAGCUGGAGUUUCUGGGCAAUUCAGAAGGCGCAGGAUAGGUAUAUUCCAAAGACGAAGAAGUAUUCUAAUGGGAGGAGGAGCAAUUGGCUGACAAGGGAAGUAAAAGACAGCAUAAAAGGAAAAGCGAGGGCAUAUAAUUAUAGCAAAAAUUAGUGAGUAGUAUUGGGACCCUUUCAGAAGGCAAGUAAAUAUCCAUAGGGAGAGAAAAGAUGAAAUAUGAAGGUAAACUAGCAAAUAAUAUAAAAGAGGAUACCAAAAAUUUUUUCAAAUAUAUUGUAUAAAGAGUAAAAGAGACAAAAACUGGAAAAUGAGACUGGAGUGGUAGUGAUGGAGGACAAAGAAAUGGUGGAGGAACUUAAGUAUUUUGCACCAGUGUUCACUGUGGAAGACACUGGCAGUAUGCCAGAAAUUUGAGUGUUGGGCAGAAGUGAUUGUAGUUCCUAUAACUAAGGAGAAGCUGAAAGGUCUGAAGGUAGAUAAGUCACCUGGACCAGAUGGUUAACAUCCCAGGCCCCAUUCCCUCUAAUUUUUUUUUUCAC